AUGUGUGCCCAUCUCUCCAGAGAGUUCGGCUCUGCGCUUCAUUAUCCUGGCAGUGACAAUUUUACAAUCUGGGAUGCGAAGCAACAGGAAGUUCAUCCAGCCUGCCGCGUUGAGCCUUCUAGUGCUAAUGACAUCUCCAAAAUACUGAAUACCCUUGUGGAUCACUGGUGCUACUUUUCGGUCAAGGGGGGCGGCCACUCCAGGAACCCUGGAGAUUCCAAUUCAGCGCGUGGGGUUACUGUAGAUCUAGACCGCAUGCGAAGUGUCGACAUCUUAGAUAAUGGCACUAAGGCACGUGUUGGUGGCGGUGCAAACACUUUCCAAGUUUACCAGGCCCUAGAAUCGCGAAAUUUGUCGUUUGUUGGAGGCAGGGUAGGCACUGUAGGCCUGGGUGGCUAUACCCUUGGCGGAGGAACGUCCCCAUUUUCGAAUAAAUAUGGUUUGGCAUUGGAUAAUGUCUACGAAUAUGAAGUUGUGCUUGCCAACGGUACAAUCACCACAGCAUCCGAGUCGCGCAAUCCGGACCUUUAUUUCGCUCUACGGGGAGGCAGUAACAAUUUCGGUAUUGUCACAGCCUUCACCGUUCGCGCAUUUCCCCAAGGCCCUGUCUUCACUAGCAUGACAUCCUACGCCGCCAAUCAGUCCGAGCAGGUUCUUGACAAGGUUUACAGCCUAUACACGGAUAGGAACCUCACCAGUGACGUUGAACUUGGCUAUGACCUAUAUUAUACCUAUAUGGCCGAUAGUGACGAGUUAGUAUUGAUGGGCACCCAGCGGUAUGGGAAGCCUGUUCAGAACCCCCCGGUCUUUCGUGCAAUCGACCAGAUACCUACACUAAGCAGGACCACAACCAUCACCACUCUAAGCAAUGUGGUUAACGACCCUGGACCCCUCGGUACUACACGGCAUUUGUUCGCCACACUGAGCGUAUCUCCAUCGCGCUCCUUGCUCUCGCAAGGCCUUCAGAUUUUCCAGGAGGAAGUCGAAGCUAUUAAGACUGUGUCCGGUCUAGUUCCCAACUUUAUUUCCUACCCUCUGCAAAGAAAUGCCAUCGCAUUAAUGAAGCAAAGAGGUGGUAAUUCUUUGGGUAUCGACCGCGACGAACCUCUUUUCACGUGGUCUAGUGCUAGUGACGAUGCUGCUGUCGAUAGGAUGACUGCAAACGUCGUUCGCAGGCCCAAGGAGGCAGCAGAAGAUUUGGGAGUUGCGAACCGGUAUAUGUACAUCAACUACGCAUCUGCUGCGCAGGGCGAUGAAGUCUUUGCUGGUUACGGCGACGAAAAUGUGCAGAAGUUGAAAGAUGUGCAAAGGGCAGUGGACCCUCGCGGAAUUUUCACCUCCAAAGGCCUUUGGAGGGGUUUUUUCAAAUUACUAUAA